AUGAUAGAGAUGCUGGAUUUUGGGUUCCAACAACUGGACAUUGCCAACGAAAUGGACUCGCCAAUGUUGCGAGCGGAGGCUUACCUAACUUUAGCCCGAGGUAACGAGCGGCUGGGCAACCUGGAGAAGGCUGUGUCGUACUGCCGCCAUUCACUCUACAACCAGUGUGAUCAGUCCCGCACUACUGGUUACGUCCACCUCACCCUGGGCAACACCUACCUCGUCUACUCCAGCUACAGCAAGGCCAUCGAGCACUACGAACUCGCCCUCAAAGUUUCUCGCAGCAUUCACGACACUGCGCUCGAACUCCAGGUAUACUGCGGCUUGGGACACACCUUCUGUCUCUUGCAGGACUUUGAGAAGUCUCUGUCCUUCAGCGCCAAGGCAUUCGAGCUCUCCAAAAGUUUCCACAUCUGUGAUCUUAACUCCAAGUUCCAAAGACUGUCGCUGGUGACGCUCGCGACGCCCCUCAGAAAGUUGGGACGACUUCACGAGGCCAAAGACUGCUGUCAGGACGCACUGAAAAUGGCCCUCACAGCUGGCGACAGACCAACUCAUGCUCGUUGCCUCGCCAUCCUAGCUGACAUCCACCGACAGUGUCUGGACGUACAGCGGGCAUACAAGCGUUAUGAGGCGAGCAUGCAGCUGAUGGUCAACGUGGAGGACAGAUACGGUCAGCUCAUAGCCCUCAACGGCAUGGCCAAGACCCUCGGCCUCAUGCGACGACAAUCCAAGAUCUGUGACUGUAGACCUCUUGAAAUUAAUAAUAAAGUUAUAGACCUGGCAUCUUCCUUAGGCUGCAAGUUAAUAAUGAGGUCGGCACACUUACGCUUGGCUGAGAUCUACCGGAUUCUCAACGAUGAGGAUAACGACGCCCUGCAGGAGCGCCUGGCAUCCUGUCUGACAGAAGAGAUGGAGCUGGUGUGUGGUGUGUGUGGGGAGCGUUACGGCGAUCAGGGUGGCAACUCCCUCGACGCUCUCCCCUGCUCCCAUAUCUUCCAUGCCAAGUGUGUCAGAGACCUGAUGGCGUCCGGGGACCGCAAGAAGAAGAAGCGCAUCUGUCCUGACUGUCGAAAAUCGCUCAAUUCCCGCUUGAUGCUCAUUUGUUAUGAUGAGCUGAAGGCUGCUUACAAUGAUGGCAGAACACCCACUUUUCCUCGCUACCACCCAUCACCCUCUUCUGAUGACCAGCCUCUCUGAUACUCAACCAUUAACCCGUAUCAUUCACUCAAAGAUGAUAUAUGUUUCUGGCUUUUCUGUUGCACAUAAGGAGGGUGACAAUUAAGUUGCAAAACCAACAGUACCCAUUGUCAAUGUCACACUGAUGAUGAUUUGAGGUUAUAGUGACGUCAUGACAUGUAUAAGGCAUAGCCAGCAGGAUAAAUACAGCUGGCAGUAAAAUACUAAUACCCACUAUCAGAGAGAUGGCCAUAUUAGUUGUUCGGAACACACUAGAAUGUUGUCAGAUGGUUAAAUCUGAAAGAUCCUUUGCAUAAGGUGCUGGUAAAAUGGCCAGGCUCCACAUAUCCAAUGCAAAGGGUGGGUUUUAUAAUGAUCAUUUAGGAUUUAGUGAAGGCAUCAAGUUCAUACAUCAGGUCAUCGUAGGGUGGUGACUAAAACUAAAUUCUUGUAAUGCGUACAUGAGGUAGCAUCAUUGGUGAUAGGUGCUGGACAAAACAACUGAUGCCUUGUGCAUGUGACAUCGCCAGAAUCAGUACAAGAUCAGUGACGUUACAAGCGGUGACAGACAUUAACAUUGUGAGCAGCAAUCAGUAAGAAGUUGGAUUACAUAGAUUAUAUAUAUUUAACUUAGAAUUGUUGCUUAUUCUUAAGGUUAUUUGGUGUGUAUAAGUGAAAAGCCUGCUUUCCUAAUUGUUAUACAUUUAAAAAAAUGCUUUAUAUUUAGAGAAUAAAAAAGGUAGUUCCAGCUUUUUACAGACAACACGUGAUACGAAGUGACAAUAAGACAGUUGAAAAAUACAGUAUUGUUUGUUUAAGUGGACAUAAGAA